AUGGAAGUCCCUGAGACAAGCAUUAAGGCUUUCAUUGAGACCUGGCAGUGUGUGGAAAAGGAACAUGAUGCAGCUGAGAUGAACUUCCACGGAAAGCUGCAGAAGUGGCUUUCCAACGAGGUCGACCAUUUCGGUGAAGAACAUGUGGCUCAAGAGCUGCCGUGGAGUCAGAGUGAAGAGGCCUGGAACACAGAAGAAACCAUCUUCAAAGAGCAGGUUGACAGGUUGAGGUCUCUUGACGUGAAUCUAAGAGGAGAUCAGGAAUCUGCUGACUUAGCCGACCUCCAACGACAGUUUAACAAACGGCAGAAGCACCUGGCCAUUCGCGAGACCCAAAGGAUGCAGCAGCAGCUCCGGGAGAGGGAUGCAACUAUCAGACAGCGGCAGGAGGAGCUGGAGCAAGAACAGGCCAUGGUCAGGGAAAAAUCUGAAGAGAUAAAACUAACCAAGGCCCAUGUGCAGCUGGAGUUGGAACGACUGGAGGUCAGAAGACUCCAGGAAAGAGGGGAGCAUGAGAACAGUCUGAACAAGUCGUUUGAUAGACGAAGACACUUGGAAUCAGAGAUGCUGGACCUCAAACAAACUAUUGAGCACAAAAACAUGGAAGUCGUGUGGGAACAAAGGCUUCUGGAAAUGAUAGAACCAGCCCCCGAAACCAAGCCUGAGAUACACACCGACACAGAGAAGGUGUGUGUAGAAGAGAACACCAGACCACGACAAGGAAAGCGGUUCUCACGCCUUGUUCCCUCCUUUGGAUCCAUCUCAGGGUUUUUCAAUCGGAGACAGCGUACGGGAGGUUGCAGCAGCUCCGUGAAGGACUAA